AUGUUGCUGAGGGGGCGGAUCUCCUGGACCAGGAAUUCCUGGUCCACCCCUGGACCACAAAGUAAGUAUAAAACUUUCUCUCACGUGCUUUGCACGUGCACGCGCAACACCCAAAAAAACCCUAUCUCUUCCAACUCCAACUCCAGCGUCGCCUACCUCCCUCCAGCGCCGCUUCCUUCCCGUGCCUCCAUCGUCGCCUGCGAACUCCCUCUAGCGGCGUCUACAGCGCCGACCUCCAGCAAGUAUAGCGCCAUCUCCAGCGUCGACCUCCAGCGCCGCCUCCGCACAAAAGCCCUAGCGUCUCGACAUCUAGUGCCGCCUUCCUCUACGCUGCCUCCAUCCAGCAUCGCCGACCUCCAGCGCCGCCUCCAGCCAGCAUCGCCGACCUCGGGGACCUCCAGCAACCUCCCGUCCUCCACCUCCAGCGGCCUCCGGGCACAAGUGGUUGGAUGGCCACCGAUCCGAAGUUAUAGAAAGAACACAAUGGUCACAAACCCGACCAAGAAGAAGGAGGAUGAUGAAGUGAAACAAGGGACGGAAUGCCUCUAUGUCAAGGUCAGCAUGGAUGGAGCUCCAUAUCUCAGAAAAGUUGACCUCAAAAUGUAUUCCAACUAUAAGGAACUCUCACUGACUCUUGAGAAGAUGUUUACUUGCUUUACUAUUGGAUUGGAACUAUUCUCUACUUCAACUAGUACUAAUUCUUUGUAGUUGGUGUUGCGGCAUGUUUACUGAUUCAUGCAGAACGUUGAGGAUCAUGAAAGGUUCAGAUGCAAUUGGUAUUGGUAUAUGUUUCCAUUUCGUCCUCUGUUUCUUAAUCAGCAAUCAUUAAUUAUCAAACAAAUUCGGAUUGGUUGAUAACAUACAAGCUUAG